AGAGAGAUCAUGCGGUGAAUCCAGAACCAGCGAAGCUAAUUGUGCGUUUCGCUUUCGUCAAUGGUACUUUGCGCUAGGGCAAUUGUACCUUGCUCUGAACUUUUGAAUUUUGACUCUGAAUCAUCGUCUCCCUUUUUAUUAAUGAAGGAAUAAAAUCCACGCCCCUAAACAUAUUCCUUAUCCACGGCUGAAGUCACGGGAAGCGACAAACAGCGGCGCCGGCGAAGUUCACCGCAGAAUAUGGAAGCGAUAAGAGCAGGCACAAGGUUUUCACUCAGCGCCGUGCGAUUGGAAUCCGGCAGCAGCUCAGACAACGGCACUAGACCUUCUCCACACGAUCGGAACGCAGCAAGCCCAGCUCCCCUUCUCUCGGUUUCCAAGCCUUCGUGGAUCGUCAGAACAGAGUCAAAUAUUCGAAGAGAACGAAGACAGAAGCCGGAUCCUCCUUGCGUAGUCUGCAGAGGGAAUGGGAGAGUGGAGUGCUACGAUUGUAAUGGAAGAGGAAGGACAAAUUAUGUGGAUAUGGAGAUGCUUCCGAAAGGAAAGUGGCCAAAAUGGUGUAGGACUUGUCGUGGAAGUGGGAAGAACCACUGUUCUCGCUGCCUCGGGACAGGGGAGUAUCGCUAUAUAAUGGGAUUCGGGUUAAUGCAUAGACAAUCCGCUGAUAAUGAGCGUGGCACAAUAGGUGAUAGAAGAAGACGGAUAAUAAGUGCAGAUGAUUUGCUUGUAAAUGAUGAAGAAGAAUGCUUGUAGUAAUUCGUAUUGAUAGUAGUAGUAGUAGUUCUAGGAAUGUAAGAACAAGCAGUUUCAGUAUAAGUGUCUGGAAUGAAUGAUAUUUCUGUAGUAUAAGGGGAAAGCCUCCCACAGUACAUUGUCUCAACUACAACCAUAUCGGCUUUUACAGUUUCUGUGUAUGAAUUCUAUACAUUCUGCA